AUGGCAAAUGUUUACAUAAAUGCUAAUCAUCGAUCGCGUUCACGUGUCAUAAACUUAAUUUUCAUUUUAAAAGAUUAUUCUGAUCCAGAUCCUGAUUAUGAAUCCAUUGAUGGUCGUUUAAACAAACCUCCUCUUAAUAUUCAAACUAAAAUCAUUUUUGUUAAUUGUCAAACAGAACAAACUGGAAUUUAUUGGACAUUAGCUACAAACUAUGCUGAUUAUGCUGUUGUGUGGAGUUGUCGUGGACUUCCUGGUGGAAGAUCAACUGAAUCUGCUUGGGUGCUUUCAAGAACACUUCAAACAUCAGAAGCUGUUAGACUUCGUUGUGAAGAAGUUCUUCGAGCUAAUGAUAUUUAA